AUGGCCGCUUCGGUCGAGCCACGGCAGUCGUCGUUCGGCCGCCUCGACGCGCCGGCCACCUCGCCGCCGGCACGCAGCGGGGCCUCCAACGGCAUCCGUCGCCGCGCCGACUCGCCGGUGCGCGGCUGCGGCUUCCCCCCGCUCAUCUCGCCGCCGCGGAAGACCCUCGUCGAGGAAGAGGAGGAGGACGAGGACGACGAGGAGCCGGAGGAGGACUGGCGGGAGGCGUACGGCUCGCAGCUGCAGCUGGAGGUGGAGCCGUCGACGCGCGACCCGCGCGACGAGGGCACCGCGGACGCCUGGAUCGACCGCAACCCCUCGCUCAUCCGCCUCACCGGCAAGCACCCGCUCAACUGCGAGCCACCGCUGGCGCGCCUCAUGCACCACGGCUUCAUCACCCCGGCGCCGCUCCACUACGUGCGCAACCACGGCGCCGUGCCCCGGGGCGACUGGGCCACCUGGACGGUGGAGGUGACGGGGCUCGUCCGCCGCCCCGCGCGGCUCACCAUGGACGAGCUGUCCACGGCCUUCCCCGCCGCGGAGCUGCCCGCCACGCUCGUCUGCGCCGGCAACCGCCGCAAGGAGCAGAACAUGGUGCAGCAGACGGUGGGCUUCAACUGGGGCGCCGCGGGCGUGUCCACCUCCGUCUGGCGCGGCGCCCGCCUCCGCGACGUGCUGCUCCGGUGCGGCAUCAUGUCCUCCAAAAAGGGCCAGGCCCUGAACGUGUGCUUCGAGGGCGCCGAGGACCUCCCCGGCGGCGGCGGCUCCAAGUACGGCACCAGCGUGACCCGGGAGUGGGCUCUCGACCCGUCCCGCGACAUCCUGCUCGCCUACGCGCAGAACGGGGAGCAGCUGCUGCCCGACCACGGCUACCCCGUCCGCGUGCUCAUCCCGGGCUGCAUCGGCGGGCGCAUGGUGAAGUGGCUCCGGCGCAUCGUGGUCACCCCCGCCGAGUCCGACAACUACUACCACUUCAGGGACAACCGGGUGCUGCCAUCGCACGUGGACGCCGAGCUGGCCAACGCGGAGGCGUGGUGGUACCGCCCCGAGUACAUCAUCAACGAGCUCAACACCAACUCGGUGAUCACCACGCCCGGCCACGACGAGAUCCUCCCCAUCAACGCCUUCACCACCCAGCGCGCCUACACCAUCAAGGGAUACGCAUACUCCGGCGGUGGCAAGAAGGUCACGCGAGUGGAGGUGACGCUCGACGGCGGUGAGAGUUGGAUGCUAUGCACGCUGGACAUCCCGGAGAAGUCCAACAAGUACGGCCGGUACUGGUGCUGGUGCUUCUGGUCCGUUGAGAUCGAGGUGCUAGACCUCCUAGGCGCCAAGGAGGUGGCGGUGCGCGCAUGGGACCAGACGCACAACACCCAGCCAGAGAAGCUCAUCUGGAACCUCAUGGGCAUGAUGAACAACUGCUGGUUCAAGGUGAAGAUCAACGUGUGCCGCCCCCACAAGGGCGAGAUCGGGCUGGUCUUCGAGCACCCCACGCAGCCCGGCAACCAGACCGGCGGCUGGAUGGCGCGGCAGAAGCACCUGGAGACGGCCGAGGCGGCGGCGCCGGGGCUCAAGCGGAGCACCUCCACGCCGUUCAUGAACACCGUCGCGGACAAGCAGUUCACCAUGUCCGAGGUGCGCAAGCACGGGUCCAAGGAGUCGGCGUGGAUCGUGGUGCACGGCCACGUCUACGACUGCACCGCCUUCCUCAAGGACCACCCCGGCGGCGCCGACAGCAUCCUCAUCAACGCGGGAUCCGACUGCACCGAGGAGUUCGACGCCAUCCACUCCGACAAGGCCAAGGCGCUCCUCGACACCUACCGCAUCGGCGAGCUGAUCACCACGGGCACCGGCUACAACUCCGACAACUCCGUGCACGGCGGGUCCAGCCUCUCCCACCUCGCCCCGAUCCGGGAGGCCACCAAGGUCGCCGGCGCGCCCAUCGCGCUCUCCAGCCCGCGCGAGAAGGUGCCCUGCCGCCUCGUGGAAAAGAAGGAGCUCUCCCACGACGUCCGCCUCUUCCGCUUCGCGCUGCCGUCGUCCGACCAGGUGCUCGGCCUCCCCGUCGGCAAGCACGAGCACCCCAAGUUCCCCAACGGCGGGCUCAUGACGCAGUACCUGGAGUCGCUCCAGCUCGGCUCCUGCAUCGACGUCAAGGGCCCGCUGGGCCACGUGGAGUACACCGGCCGCGGCAACUUCGUCAUCAACGGCAAGCAGCGGCGGGCGCGGCGGCUGGCCAUGAUCUGCGGCGGCAGCGGGAUCACGCCCAUGUACCAGGUGAUCCAGGCCGUGCUGCGGGACCAGCCGGAGGACGAGACGGAGAUGCACCUGGUGUACGCGAACCGGAGCGAGGACGACAUCCUGCUGCGCGACGAGCUGGACCGGUGGGCGGCCGAGUACCCGGAGAGGCUCAAGGUGUGGUACGUGAUCGACCAGGUGAAGCGGCCGGAGGACGGGUGGAGGUUCAGCGUGGGGUUCGUGACAGAGGACAUCCUGCGGGCGCACGUCCCCGAGGGCGGCGACGACACCCUCGCGCUCGCCUGCGGGCCGCCGCCCAUGAUCAAGUUCGCCAUCUCGCCCAACCUCGAGAAGAUGAAGUACGACAUGGCCAAUUCUUUCAUCUCCUUCUGA